AAGUGUUCAACUGCAUAAGUAAAAAGAGUGAUAACAUUUCGAUGAUUGGUUGCAGCAUAUAAAGGCAAGGAGGAGAGGUCAGAUUUUCUCUGUCGAUGCCAUUUUCAUCAGGCUGAGACUAGCCUAGGCUUAGCUAAAGCUAGCCUAGACUAGAUAGAUAGCAUAACUCCCUGGCCAGCGCACGCAGUGUGUGAGGACUGGCACGUCAAAGUCAAAUUGAGCGUAGUUUGUGCUCUAAACUGUUCAAGUCUGACUGGCCGAUCGUUUGAACUCGGCUGCAUAGUAGUAGUUGUGGAGUAGGCUAUUUACGCCGAUCGAUACCGUUUCACAUUACUCUAAGGCAUGAAAAAAGUGUUUGGCUACUACCGGUGAUUGAUGUUUAAGAGUCUUAAUUGCGUUAAAAACCUUCACUAAUGAGAGACUAUCAAGACAAAGACAACAUGAGUACUGGAAGUCUGACACCCUGUGGUGUGAUCUGGUCAAUAUUGUCAUUUUUUGGAAUGUGUCUUGUGUGUGUUGGCUUCUACAUGCCAUAUUGGAUAAGAGGACAGAUGGUAUUUCACCAACAGAACUAUACCGUUACAUUUGGUAUUUUUCGACGUUGCAACUAUCCAUCAAAUGACGAGUUUAUUGAGCAAUGUGGAAGAUAUUUGACAUUUUACGACAUUCCUAGCAAUUCUUGGCGUGUCUGUACCAUUACGGUCGGAGUAGGAUGCGGAUUGGCAAUGUUGGUGUCGUUCAUUGCUCUCUUUGCUUGUUGUAUUAAAGACAUUGUCUCAAAGAAAAUCGGCCGUCUGACGGGUCUGAUUCAGUUCAUUGCAGCUUUAUUUAUUGCUGCUGGAUGUGGAAUUUAUCCAAAUGGUUGGAAUCAUUCGGAAGUUAAGGCAGCAUGCGGAUUCACAUCAGCUGAGUACUCAUUAGGAACAUGUCAACUUGAGUGGGCGUACUUCAUCACAAUAGCAGGAUGCGUGACCAUCUUCAUUUGUUCUACUUUCUCCUACAAAGCUGGACAGACAAAAACUGGGCACUACUCAACGUAUGCUUUAUGACAAACACAGCAAGGGGGUCAGGCCAUGACAACCUUGUAAAAUAUACUCAGAAUAAUUUUAUUGUGGAAAGUUUAACAAUUACAGGAAAUUGUUUUACAGUUUGAGGAAGGUAGAAAGUGAAAGGGCAAGCCAUUUAAAGUGGCCACUGCCAGUGAGUGUUCUUAUGCACUAAAACUGCUUGCCAGAUUUCUACAUACAUGCACCACAGUGCUGAGUGUCACAGGUUUUCACCCUCUCCUAUGAAUUUGGCCCUCGUGUGUACAAAUUUAUCCCCCUCUGUACCAAAAUCCAAAAGGUUAAAAAGACCCUUGUGAAUUCAGCUUCCCACAUUCUCCAAUGGAUUUCAGCUUGAGGGCUAUUAAUUCCCUAUGGAUUCUGGCUCGGGAUAGUGGGAAUUUACAGCAGAAAAUCUCUUGACUUCGACACAGGCAUGUGCUACCUACAUUCAAUCUGUGAUGAGCAUGUUGCGAACAAGCACUGGUGAAUGGUUUGUUGUUGAGUGAAUGCCUUGCCAUAAUGCCCUGUAUAAGUAUGAUUGACAUUAUAUUCAUGCCUAGAUUCAGCUAUAGAAUAUGGAUACUGUAUAUAUUUUAGAGAAUCCAUUAUAUUGCAAUGUUAAUAGGGUCAAUGUAUUGCACAGUUGUAUGCUACGGGUACUGUAAAUGUAUAGUAUAUCUAUAAUCAAGUUUUUCAAGUUUUGGCCAAUAAGUGUUGGCAAAUUUUAUUUCUCGCCUAUAAUGGCAGGGUAUACUGUAGCAUUUUCUGUAGGCAGGAUUUCUAAGAGGGUG